CUGGUCACACUUUAAUUCCAGUCUGGAUGACUUCAGUCUCCAAGCUUCCCACUUCCUGAAUUGAGCUUUUUCUGGAGGUUGGGGGCAGCCGUGUCUCUGGGGUGAUGUUGGCGGUCUCAAGAUCACUCCACACAGCCUCAGGUCCCAGUUGCAGCCACGCCAAGUGACAGCAGUGGACAGUCGCCCACAGAGCCCAGGCUAGUCAACGAAACCAGUGGCCCGUGACACGCUCCCGGCUGUCUGGCGGGAGACUCUUGUGAGUGCACCGUGGGGGACGCAGACCUCUCACAUUGGCCUCUGUGCCUUGGGCUGGCCUCUGUGAAGGGGCGCCUCCCUGAGGUCUAAGGUGGGCCCCAUGGCAUUUUCUGAACUGCUGGACCAAGUAGGCAGCGUGGGCAGGUUCCAGGUUCUCCAGACAGUGGCUUUGGUGGUCCCUAUCAUGUGGCUCACCACCCAUAACAUGAUAGAAAACUUCUCCGCCGCGGAGCCCAGCCACCGCUGUUGGCUGCCCCUCCUGGACAACGGCACUGCCCAGACCACUGUGCCAGGGGCCCUCGAUCCCGAGGCCCUCCUGGCCGUCUCCAUUCCACCAGGUCCCAACCAGGGGCCUCACCAGUGUCGCCGCUUCCGCCAACCGCAGUGGCAACUCCUGGACCCCAAUGCCACAGCCACCAACUGGAGCGAGACGGCCACAGAGCCAUGCUUGGACGGCUGGGUCUACGACCACGGCACUUUCACCUCCACCAUCGUGACCCAGUGGGACCUGGUGUGUGACUCUCGGGCCCUGAAGCCCAUGUCCCAGUCCAUCUACUUGACUGGGAUGCUGGUGGGAGCUGCUGUGUGUGGCCAUGCCUCAGACAGGUCUGGGCGCAGGCUGGUGCUGACCUGGAGUUACCUUCAGAUGGCUGUGCCAGGCACGGUGGCCGCCUUCGCCCCCGCCCUCCCCGUGUACUGCCUGUUCCGUUUCCUGCUGGCCUUUGCUGUGGCAGGCGUCAUGAUGAACACAGCCACUCUCAUGAUGGAGUGGACAUCAGCACAGGCCCGACCCCUGGCGAUGACCAUGAACUCUCUGGGCUUCAGCUUCGGCCAUGUCCUGAUGGCUGCAGUGGCCUACGGUGUGCGUGACUGGGCGCUGCUGCAGCUGGUGGUUUCCAUCCCCUUCUUCCUCUGCUUUGCAUACUCGUGGUGGCUGGCAGAGUCAGCACGAUGGCUGCUGAUCACGGGCAGGCUGGAGCGGGGCCUGCAGGAGCUGCGGAGGGUGGCUGCCAUCAACGGGAAGAGGGCAGUGGGGGACACUCUGACCAAGGAGGUCUUGCACUCGGCCAUGCGGGAGGAGCUGAGUUCGGGCCAGGCUCCCGCCAGCCUGAGCACCCUGCUGCGUACACCAGGCCUGCGCCUCCGGACCUAUGUCUGCACGCUGUGCUGGUUCGCCUUUGGCUUCACCUUCUAUGGCCUCGCCCUGGACCUGCAGGCCCUUGGCAGCAACGUCUUCCUGCUCCAGGUGCUCCUGGGGGUGGUGGACUUCCCCGCCAAGACAGGCACCCUGCUGCUGCUGCGCCGUUUGGGCCGCCGUCCCUCUCAGGCCGCGUCCCUGGUGUUGGCCGGGCUCUGCAUCCUGGCCAACAUGCUUGUGCCCCGGGAAAUGGGGGCCCUGCGUUCAGCCCUGGCCGUGCUGGGGCUCGGAGGGGUGGGCGCCGCCUUCACCUGCGUCACCAUCUACAGUGGCGAGCUCUUCCCCACAGUGCUCAGGAUGACCGCGGUGGGCCUGGGCCAGAUGGCAUCCCGCGCAGGAGGCAUCCUGGCACCUCUGAUCCGGCUGCUGGGCAUCUAUAGCCCCUCCCUGCCCCUGCUGGUGUACGGGGUGGUGCCCGUGCUGAGUGGCCUGGCUGCACUCCUGCUACCCGAGACCCAGAGUUUGCCACUGCCGGACACCAUCGAAGACGUGCAGAAACAGACAGCAAAGAAGGUGGCACGCAGCAUCCCAGAGCACUGGGUCCUCAAGUCCACACAGCUCUAGCCUCCCGGGAAGCCUGUGCUGGGACCGUCAGAGAAGCAGGACAGCAAAGGCCUCCAUCUCCCAGGGGCCCGGGGCCUCCCCUCACCAGUGCCCCCACCCCGGGGCUGCCUCUCUUGCUAUCUAAGGAGCCACACAGUCCCCACCCCCACACAUCGUGGCUGCUGAGAGGAGGAGGGCCCCUCACUGCUCCCUGUUCCACCCACACACCCCCAGAGCUCCGAGGUCAGCAGAGGUUGAACCUCCCCGGCCUCCCCUGGAGCAGCAGAGCCUCAGCUCCUCAGCUUCACCCUGAGGUCCUUGGCAGCCUGACCCACCUGCUCGGGCCCCUCCCCACCCCUAGCCCCACUUCAGCCCCAGGCUGGCCAGGCCUCUGCCUGCAAUCCCCUUCCCACCUCCACACCUGAGACGCUCCCCUCCCGGGACACACUCCUCAGGAGCCCCCAGACCUAGGGCUGUGGCCCUCCUUCCAGGAGCCCACAGGCCAACCCCCUUCCCCUCCUCCCCCGAGCCCAUGACUUCCCUGGGGGUGGGGAAGGUCCCACUGCCCCUGUCCCAGGAUCCACACAGGGCCAGGCUGGAGGGGCACCCGUGCAAGGGAUUGAAUAAAGAGUGGAUAAAGGGAGCCCAGCAGGUGACAUAGUGAUUAAGGCGCUGGACCCCCACAUGGCUGACUACAGUUCAAGUCCUGGAC